AUUCAAUAUGGACGACCAGGUUUGGAAAAUUUUGGCAGGAGUUGGAUGAAUAAAUUGCAAAGCCUUGGGAUCUAUGUCUAAAGUUCAUGAACAAUAAUAGCUGUAUAUAGUUCCACAGUAUGUGAGCAAUGGCAUCUCAAGAAAAUGACACAAAUGACAUUCAGAAGGAUAGAGACCAAUCUGAAAAAGAAAAGCCUGUUAAAAUGAAAAAUAAAACAGAUGAAAAUUGUAAAUUACAAGGCACAGAAUUAAAUAAAGGAAAAAUACCAACUUCCAAUAUUCCAAAUGGUAUCACCAUGCCAACUGAACAUUCUGAGACAUCACCACAUGUGGUGAAUGGACACAUUGAUACAAAUGGUCCAAACGGGGACGAAAGAGAUUGUAAUGUACAUAUUGGAAUACAAAAUCUACAAGAAUCCUCAGUCAAUGGACCUUCGAAUCAUCUCAUAAGAAGUAAUACCAAUACUUUACAUACAUCAAAUGACAGUCAACAUAUAGAACCAGCUAAACAAAUUCCUCCAAUGCCCACAUGUAGAAAUAUUGCAGAAUCAUCUAGUCGUCUCUGUAGUGUGUACCACACUCAGCAAAAUCCUGUCAAGAAUAGCAAGCGCUGGGAUUGCUGUGCAAUUGACUGUGGCAGGGUGGUCGAUUUUAAUACACUAUUUUGUCAAGAAUCUUCCCAGGAUGCAAAAAAGGUUAAAAAUGAUAAACUGAUGGAGUUCCUUACAGGACUGCCUCCACUUAUAUCAGAGGAACUCCGUGUUGAGUACCUACUCACAUACGGUGAAUAUUUGAGGAAGUAUGGACUUCGUUAUAAUAACGCAAAAGAUUUAUGGUACUUGCCCCCCUGUUCAAGAACAUGUGAAUCAUGUAACAGAAUCCAGUGUCAGUCAGAAAUUAGCAACCCGGGUGAUGCAAUGAACUCUUAUCUUAAUGAUAAUGCUCACUUACUGGAAAGCAAUGAGUUCCAGAUUACAAGACCUUUGGUUAAUGGGAGCAAUGUUCAUAUGAGAUUACAAGAGGACCCUCCCAGUAGGCAAAUUGGUGCAUCAAUACAAGCUACACGUGAGGGGGUGGAACAUGGGUGUCAAAGCCCCAUACAGGAUGAUAAUCCAACCCUAUACAACAAACAAUUCAACAGUCAAAAUAAUCAAGAUACUUCUGAUUCUAAAGCUGAACUUUACCCUGAUAGGAAAUUCAGUGAAGCUGAUAUUGAUAAUCGGACAUGUAAAGAUACAGUCUUGGAUUUCCAGUGCCAUAAUACCCCUGAUACUGCCCAGUGCUAUAGUACCCCGGAUUCUCCCCCUCCACCAUUUCAUACUGUUAUUAAUGACAAUGAAGUUCAAGAAGAUGAAGGAGAUUUUAUUGAAGUGGACAUAUUAAACACUCCCAACAAUGAUUUUAGUGAUAGUGACUCUGUUAAUUCUGAAGGAAUUGGGGGAAGCCCUUCAUCUGCCAACCAUUGCCAUAGCAACAUGGUUGCUCAGAAUGAGGCUGUAAGCUUGAGGAAUUCCCCUAUUCAGAGGCUGAAUGUUCAGCCUGCCUUGGAUGAUGGUUUUGAUGAUACUGUUGAUAAAAUAAGUGAUAAAGAUUCCAAUUAUAGUGAUACUAACUGUGAUCGAUUGUCUCCUGUACAAGGAGAUGAAAACCUAGAAAAUGACAUGAACUCCAAUAGUGAAAACUUUGAGUCUAACAGAGAAGAUUCUGAACCAUAUAGAGAUAAUAUUGAUCAAGAUGGUAAUAGUUCUAUGAAGUUACAUCUAAAGGGGACAUCUCAAAACUUGCCUGAAGCAUCAUGUUGUAGAACACCUGAUUCACUUUAUUUCUCUCCAAUGGAUUUUAUGGAGUUUGACAUUGACCCUGGAUCGGGUCUAUUCAAUAGUACCGACUCAGAUAGAGAGAGUCUACUUGAUAGAUUAGAUGAUUUACAACCUACUGCUAAACAAGUGCCUGUGGAGAAUGACAGUCAUAAUAACGCAGUUAGAGAGACAAUAAAACUUGAGGAUGAUGUAGAUGGGGCCAGUCCUGAGCCAGAAGGAGCAUCUGGAGAAAACCAGGAGUACAUCACAUUGGAUCUCUCAACUGAACCUGCCCCUACGAAUAACCUUGAUGAAGCCUAUAUGAUUCCUAGACCUGGUCACUUUCAUGAAUAUUUCAAUGUGUCUUGUACAUCAGUCGAGGAUAAUGCUUCACCUUCACACGUGUAUCCUCGCUUUGCUUGGGAUACUUCCUGCGAUCCCAGUGGUCCCAAUGAUAACAGUACAGAAAGGAUUGAUCGUGAACGGUUGCAUUUUAUGCUUGAGAUGCAACGUGAACACCGACAUAGAAGCUCCCCACAUUUAUCUCAUGAAGUGCCAUCAUCCGUCAAUCACUUACACUUUCCUCACCAGAGGGAGCCACAACUUUGUGUCGAGCGGGAAAAUAAUGCAACUUUACCAUGGUCCAAUGAUCAGCAGUCUAGUCAAGAUUUGUGUGCUGGAGGCCUAUCUCCCAAUAAUCCUGUCUCUACCCAUGACCCAAUGUCCUUACCCCCGACAGAAUUUUUCCCCUACCCAUAUGGUUACUAUAGGCACACAAACAUUGGCCGGAGUCUGACGUUUCCUGUUAGUCGCAGACUUCUACCUGGUGGCCGCAGAGAUGGGUUUGAGAGGAGCCGGACUCUGGAUGGAUACAUGAGCUCAGCUGUCCCAGUAGAGCAGAUGGAGAACAUGGUUUUAACAGGAGAAUAUUCCAAUUCAUCAUCAAGUCUACGUACAGAGACUGAUGAGGAGCAAAACCAUGACCAAAAUGAGGCUGAUGCUGCUGUAGCGCAAACAGAGCCCCCUGUUGAGCGAGUCAUGAUUUGGAGCGAGUUGAUUGCUUAUGUUCGUCAAGCCAAACAAAUAGGGACAUCUGCAUGUGGACCAACUGCAGUUAUAAACAUUUUAAAGGCUUUCAAUCUUGAAAUUGAAAAAGACCUUGUGUGUACGAACUGUAGAUUGAAAUUGAGGAAGGAGGGAUGGCCACUCCCAGAAUACCUUCAUUCUCGUAGUGAAGCAGGCACUACUGCUGAAGAUCUGACCAAUGCCAUAUAUAAGCUGACAGAUGGACAAAUUGUUGGCCGAUUUUUUAGUUUUUACCCCCUGAGGGAUGUACAUAUACUAAAAUGGUUGGGGGAAUGGAUGAAACUAGGUGCUGUACCCCUGGCCACUCUAAACUUACAGAAAGCGGUACCUCCAGGGUGGAUUAUACCAGAUGCGUGGCAUCAUCAAAUGGUCUAUGGUGUUGCCCAUGAUGGAGUAUACCUGACCAAUCCUUUAGAUGUCGCUAGUGAGGAGAGGAUCAGCAGGCAACUAUGCAGUAACUCAGUGUUGAUGAUACGUCGGAACGACAUACUCACACGCUACCAUGAAGAUAUAGAUUUAGGAGACCUGAUGUCAUUUCCUGAUGAAAGAUGGCGGGAAUUGAAUGUUUUAGGGCAAGUAGUGAAUGUGAUCCGUGAACACAACACACAAAGACUGCCAGGAUUCCGACCAACACUUACAUCGCACAUAACCAUACCCGCUGCAUACAGAGCGGGAAUCACAUUAUUUGUUAAAAAGGACUCAGACGUUUAUAAGGAACUCAUGGAGGCUGAAGAGCUGCCUUUGAAAGACCAUGAGAAUGCAGAUCAUGGUUGAAACCGAUCAACUAUUGUGUCUAUGUGCAUCUUGCCAAUAUAGAAAAAUAUGCUUUGACUAAUGAGUGUAUUCAGUAUCUCAACCCUUGACUCGAUUUAAUCUAUUUUAAUCCAGUCAUUGAUCUAUUGUGAUCUGAUCAAGAUGAGAUGAUCUGAUCAAGAUCAAAUUUUGAUGAAGGCAUUCAGUCAUGAUCAUAGAGUCAGAGACCAGAGAAGAUUUGACUCGACAUUACAAUUUAUCCAGUGAGCAUGGUGCGAGAUAAAACCAGUUUAUAAGUCCUGACCAAGUUAGUGUUCGUUAUAGGUCAGCUCAUGUUUCAGCGUGUAUAAGAAAAUAACAUGACAACUGGUCUAUAAUAUAUCUGCCUUGUAUGCUAGAAAUAAUUAUGCUGCACCCUGCCAAUCAACAUGUACAUCUUAUACAGGCUUAUAACCAUUAAUGUCCUUCCACUGUGAUAUGUAGUUAAAAGAACUGCAAAAAAGCUGGAACCAUUCACUGAUGAAAUGUUAAAUGUUAAAUCUCUAAUGCUUAUAUCUGUUAACCUUUUGAAGACUUUAUUGUACUAUCAUGUUCCUUACUUUUCUCUAAGAAUAUUGCCGAUAGCCAACAUAUAUUAAGGAGAUAACCCAUGCCAGUGAAAUAACAUGUUUAAAAUUUUGUCAAGCCUGUUAAACUGUUUUAGUUAAAAUCAAAAGUCACAGAGAAUAAAGAAAACAACUAUUUUGAAAAUUAUCACAUGAUGUCUCGCACAUAAUGAGGUUAGAUUCGUUAAUGAUCCAUAUCUACCCCGAUGUCUGUUUUGUAUCUUGAUAACUCAAAUACUAGAAAUCAGAUUUGAUUGGAUGAUUAUGCAGUGAGGAGAUUUUUAUAAUAUAACAACAAAGCUUCAAUGUAAUGUACAUGUGUUGUUCUAAUUAAGCUUAACUUGAACCAGUUUUUGAAAUGUCCUAUUACAUAUUUAACUUUCUUGAAAUUCAAAAUCUAUAGCAACUUGUGUCCUACAGUAUUCAGUUAAUUGAUAUUAGAUCUGAUUUUCAUAUUGGUAAUAUUAAUUCACACAAAUACAUUUAUAUGUGUAAAAUAUAUAUGUAUUUUCUCUUAUGUUUUCAAAACUGCAAAACAGAAAAACAAAAGUACAUCAAGAUUUACAGUGUUUGUGGUUUAUAUGAUAAAAUAUAUGUAAAGGUAAAGAACAGAAUAAAAUAAAAAUGCAGUAUUUUCUAAAAAUUAGAGUAAAUAUUUUGUUGAUUUGUGCGCGUUGUUAUAUUUUGUUGCAUAUGUAUAUGCUUUUGUAAAUGUUGUCUACACAGUACAUACAGUUCAGUAUAUAGAAGUUAAAGUCUUUAGAUAUCAGCCAAUGGUUAUCAAACUAUUUUUCAGCUGAAAUAGCCUAUGUUGUACAACCCUAUAAGCAUUCCCGAUAAUAUCACAUAUUCUGCAGAUUUUUGUAGAUUCUGUUAAAAUAUAAGCAACCAAAUCUAUUGUUUAUUAUGCAAGUGUCCUAAUUUAGAGGUGUAUGUAACAAGCAUGUUAAAGAAACAUGUAACAUGUGUAACAAGCAUGUUAA